AUGGUGUUCAAAAUUCUGGUAACUCUAAGCAAUUUUGAGGAGAAACAUCUCCUGAAAAAGCGAUGGGCAGAGGCUGAGAAUGCCCGUUCUAUGCGGAGCCAGUCUCUCUCAUGGCAACACAUGGCGGAUGCUCCAGCGCUGACACUCUUCCACCAUAUUCGUGGCAAUCAGCUGAUCAAACCGAAGACUGCUCCGAUAGAAAUGCAUGUCGGACUACAAUCAGAAUAUGCGAGAACUUUUCUGGGAGGUGGUCAGUGA